AUAAUUAAAUACAACGUCAUGUUACAUGGAAAAAAAAUUGUAUGAUUCAUUAGCUUCUACAAUCCUUCCGAUUAGAAUCUAAAUUUUAGUCAACUAUCACAAUGUCCUCUUUCAUGGGUGAAUAUCAGCACCUCAAAAUUCCACUUGAACGCAUACAACAGGCCACCAACAACUUUGGUGACACUCACUUUCUUGCCGAAGGUGGAUUUGGGAAGGUGUAUAGGGGAGAACUCAUCCAAUCUAACGGUCCAACCAUGGCUGCUGUAAAGCGCUUGACUCCUUCAAAUCAUGGGGAUGCUGAUUUUUGGAGAGAGAUCAUGUUGCUUUCGGAAUAUAAACAUGACAAUAUCAUCUCACUCCUCGGUUUCUGCUAUCAACGUAAGGAAAGAAUCCUCGUGUAUGAGUAUGCACCGAAGAAAAGCCUCGACAAUCAUUUACGUGACCCCAAGUUCACAUGGGUUCAACGUCUCAAGAUAUGUCUUGGAGCUGCCCGUGGCUUGGAGUACCUUCACAAUCCUAGAGAAGGCCAACAAAGAGUUCUACAUCGUGAUAUCAAAAGCGCCAACAUCUUAUUGGACGAAAAUUGGAAUGCGAAAAUUGCAGAUUUUGGCUUUUCCAAAUAUGGCCCAGCCAAUCAAAAACACUCUAUGCUUAUCACCGAACCCAAAGGCACUCUUGGGUAUUGUGAUCCUGUGUUUCUAGAGACAACGUUUUACGUAAAAGAAUCCGAUGUAUACUCAUUCGGAGUGGUACUAUUUGAAGUUUUGUGCUCAAGGCUUUGUGUUGAUUAUAGCUAUGAUGAUAUGCGAAGAUCCCUACCUGCAUUCGUUAAGAACUCUUCUAAAGAAAAAAUCAGGGAUACAAUUAUCGAUGUUAAUCUACUGCAACAAAUUGAAGAAAACUCUUUUGAUACCUUCGUAACACUCGCGCUUAAAUGUUUGGAAAGAGAGCAGAAAAAACGUCCAUCUAUGGAGUUGAUCGUGAAAAAGAUUGAAACUGCACUCCAAUAUCAGGAACAAAGAAACGUCGUUUUUGCAAAUAAUGUCAACUUGGCAUCAUCAUCUUCAACACCAGUAAAAGAAAAUCCAAAUCUACUUCCUCAAAAGAAACAAGCUGGGAGAAAUGUUGAGAGGUUCCCGACCUUUGCUUACUCCGCUGUGAAGGAACUGAAGAUCGGAAAAGGAGCACUGAAAUGCGUCGUUUGUCUUAACGUAUUCAAAGACGAAGAAACUCUCCGGUUGAUCUCCAAAUGCGAUCAUGUUUUUCAUGCUGAGUGCAUCGAUGCUUGGCUCGAGAAUCACCUACUUUGCCCUAUCUGCCGAACCGAUCUUGCUCCCAAACCCGGUCGGUGAGUCAACUCAAAUCGAAUGAUCAGGAGCUGCGGAGGGAGCUCAUAAUCAGCGACCGCGGCUGCGGAUGAAGGAAAUAUGGUAACAGACUUCUCGAUUACAAUCGGCCGCCGGUUUAGUUAGUAUCUUCGUCGCCGGUUUUUGUUGACGAUUUUGUCAAGAUUGUGAUUUGGAUUCGAAAACAUUGUCAGGGCCACACACGAAUUAAAAAUUUAGGCGAAGCCGCCAAAAUUGAUUAACUUCA